AUGAUGGAAAACCGCUACAAAAUUCAUAAUGAAAAUGUUGGGAUCAGUUUUACGAAUGGAAAGCUCUUGACCUGGGGAGAGAGUCUUGUCAAAGCUUGGCCGAAAGGGUUGGAAGAAGAAUGUGAGGAGUUAGACUGUUUCGGUGAUGUCAGAUGCGCAGUAUCGGCAAAACAUGGCGAUAAAAUUCUAGUGCACGUGACUUCCGAAAACGUCGAUACAGAAAGCUACGAGUGGCCCUCCCUUCUCGAAGACAAAAACUACACCCUCUUCCGAUUCACCUGCGACAUCGGCUGCAUCGCGACUCUCGAGAGUCAAGCAAUCGCCGGCGCUGGCGACUUCAAAAUAAAACACAAAGACACACAAGCCGACAAAGAGACAAUCCUAGAAGGUCAUGAAGCCCCGAUCCUCAGUGUUUCCCUCGAUCCCCGCCGGGAACUCGCUGCUUCGAGCUCCUGCGACGGCUUCUUCAAAAUCUGGGAUCUUUCUUCGUCGCAGUCGAUUUUCGAGCAAAAAUUGUUCAUAAGAUGCAGCGAUAUUGAACAUGCCAAAUGUCCGGCGACGGUGGAAUUUCAGCCAGAAAGUGGAGAGCUCAUCGCAGUUUUGGUCGAAAAUGGAGCGCAGGUUUUCAACCGCUCUGAUAGAACUUUGCUUCAUGAGAUAAGCGACGGAAAUGAAGCUACAAAGACUCUUGCUUGGUCAAAAUGCGGACAUGUUCUAGCAAUUGCUUGGAUCACAACAGUUUCUUUCUACGACUCAAACAGUUUUGCGAAAAUUCACGAAAUUGAAAUAGAAGAUAACUCGUCAAUUUCAUCCCUCUGUUUCACCGAUAAAAAAGUCCUCAUUGGAGAAACGUCUGGUUUCUUGAUGGCUGUACAUGUCAGCGAUUUCAUCACUAAAGAAAUGAAAAAGAAGUCACCAGCUGCCGCGAUGAAAAUGUCCUCGGAAAGCUCAGUCGCCAUGUCUGAUCGAUCAGAUUCUGACGAUCGAAAGAGGAACCAGUUCGUUGACGAUGAAGCGGAUGAUGAGGACGCUGACGACGAUGUGGACGAUUUGGAAGCGCUCUGGGAAGAAGAUGCUCGCUCGGAGCCAGAAAAUGACGACGGAAACGACGAUGCACCAAAUUGGAAUUAUGACGAAGACUCCAACAACGCAAUCAGCCUCAACGCGAUCAAAGAAAGUGUCCUACUGGAAAAGCCAAAAGAUGAUUCAGACGCAGAAGCUGAUCCUGACGGUCCAGCGGGGCCGUUCUACGACGGUUUACAGCCGUCAAAGCUGCAGAAAGCCUUUCAGCCCGGAGAGACGCCGACUUACAACGCGACGAGGUAUCUUUGCUGGAACGCGACAGGGGUCAUCAAAGGAGUCGUCGACGAGCAGAGAGGAAUUUCGUCGAUCAUCGUCGAUUUCCAUGACUCAACGCUCCACCAUUCGAUACAAAUUGCCAACCAAAAUGAGUUCGUUCUCGGUGAUUUGUCUGAAAGAGCGAUUGUGCUGGCUUCAAAAGGCGAAUCAGAAGGAAUCGAGAAGAAAAAGUCCGUCGUCAAAGUGAUGAAUUUCAAAUCCUGGUGGGACAAGAACCGAGAAUGGCAAAUCGAGUUGCCAAGAAAAGAAAUUGCAGAGUGUGUUUGUACAUCUGAAGAUUCUGUCGCGGUCGCUACUUCAGUACGAUAUCUUCGCGUCUUUUCGCAUGGCGGGGCACAGUUAAGGUUGAUCUCGAUCCCCGGUCAGAUCGUCACGAUCGCAGCAAAUCUCGAGCAACUGUUCUAUGUUUACCAUCGCGGACAAGGAUUCGAAGGAGAGCAAUACAUGGCUUGUGGAAUAAUAACCAUCAAAAAGAGUUUCAAGAAAAAGCGCCAGCCGCUGCCAGUUCCGACUGAGAUCUGCCUCUCUUCGGGCGCUCGACUUUCUUGGGCCGGUUUUACGGACGAAGGAACUCCUGCGAUUUACGAUUCAAAAGGUGUCGUCAGAAUUGUGUCGUGGAUUACGAAUAAAUGGAUUCCUGUGGCGAACAUGACUACGAUCAAAAAGAAUUUCAAGACGGUCGAUUGGUGGUACGUGAUUUCGGUCAACGAAGGAAACAAAGAAAUCGCAGCUGUUCAUUGCCACAACUCGACUUAUCCAGAAACACAUCCAAGACCUGAAGUUCAAACGCUGAGAAUGAACAUGCCGCUUGUUAAUCCAAAGACGGAUAUAGCCGUUCAAGAAGCUGAUUUGAUAAUGAAUGAAAACGUAACUGGAACGAUUUACUCUCUCCAAUCUCGAGGAUACAAGUCGGACGAAACGAUGGAAGAACUCGUGCAGAAACAAAUCACUAAGGGCAUUUUGAAACUUUUGCUUGGUGCGAUCAUCCAGGACGCUGACGACCGCGGCUAUGAGAUUUGCAAAAUGCUCGAGAACCCGGCGCAAAUUCAAAUGGCGGUACGACUCGCCAACAAUAAGGGACGCGUGAAACUUGCUCAAAAGCUGAAUAAGCUUGCUCGUGAGCGAUCCGGCCUGGAUUCUUCUGAUGAAGAGGACGAAAUCAACCAAGUUAUUAAUCGAACUAAUCGGACAACAAUUCGCAGUGGAAGUAACAUGUCGGUCGGAAGUAGCCGCUCAUCAGGGUCUGGUCGAUCAGAAAACCUCUUCUCUCGACCAUCAGCUUCAACCUCUCGUCAGGCAGAGCGAGAAAAGGCUGCGGAGCAGCUUGUUCGUCGAAAAGCUCACAAUCCUUUUGCCCAAAAAACUGGCGGGGAAAACAAAGAAAACGAAACGAAAGUAAAGCUCGAUGAACUGCCGAAAAUGGAGGUUCAUCGAUCCAAACCAAAGACCUCGAGGGAGAAGUUCGCCAACUUCAGGAACAAGCAGAAAAAAUCCAACGCCGCUGCCAAGUCAACCAAGGUCCAAGGCAAGAUCAAUUUCGGCAAGAGAAAGGAUACCCCUGCCGAGCUUCCUGCCACAAAAAAGCUGAAAACCUCUUCUUCCACCCCUUCUGCCUCAAAAAAUACGAGUGGAUCAGCUGUGACAGCUUCUGUAAAUAUGGACGAUUUCGCAGCUGGCUCUGACUCGGAUUAG